AUGCCUGUUGACAAAAUUUUGGCGCAGAUUAAGGAUGAGCAUUAUCUCAAAUGGCCAAGGCCAUUACAUUCGUCCCCUAACGUCUAUGACAAGAAGAAGUACUGCUGGUUCCACAAGGAUCACAGCCACUACACAGAGCAUUGCAGGGACCCAAAGGAACAGAUAGAGGAGCUUAUAUGGAAUGGGAAACUGCAGAAGUAUGUGAAAAAGGGGGAAUCCAGUAGAUUUAGAGGCGAUAACAAGAACCAGCGUGAAUUUUCACCUAGCGACGAGGAUCACACGUCCCAACACCCACCAAAUGUGAUCGGGGAAAUCAAGAUGAUCACAGGUGGCCCAUCCACGGGUGGGUCGUUCAAAUCCUUAAAGAAAGCGUAUCAAAGGCAGGUGAACAGCGUCCAUAGGAUGCCCCCAUUUAAACAGAGAUGGACGGACCAAGACAUGUGUUUCUCAGAUGAAGAUGCUAGGGGGGUGAAGCAACCUUAUGACGAUCCUUUGGUCAUAAUGCUCGUGAUAGAAGGAUUCAAUACCAGGAGAAUUCUUGUGGAUAAUGGUAGCUCAGCUGACAUCAUAUACCUCUCUGUUUUCCAGCAGCUGAAGCUAGAUCUAGGAAGGCUACGCCCAUUUGACUCUCCCUUCGUCAGUUUCAGUGGAGACAGGGUGUAUCCCAAAGGUAUAAUGUCACUGACGGUGAUAGUGGGGGCUCACCUGAGAUAA